CUUCUCCCAUAUAAAAAGCCCCAUCUGCUAUCCUCCAAGCCGCCGUGAUAGCAAUAGAGCCCUUUUCUUUUCUCCCUCCUUCCAUCCCAAGUCUCAACAUCUUCUUCAGUUCAUCACCAAACAUAUGGGUCCUCAGCAAGAUCGGCGUUCCAUGGCGGCGAACGGCACGGCGGCGAGGAAGGAGACGAAUAAUAAGGUGGUGCACUACCGGGAGUGCCAGCGCAACCACGCGGCGGCCAUCGGCGGGUACGCCGUGGACGGGUGCCGGGAGUUCAUGGCGUCCGGCGCGGAGGGCACGGCCGCGGCGCUCAUGUGCGCCGCCUGCGGGUGCCACCGCAGCUUCCACAGGCGCGAGGUGGAGCCCGACUUGGACUGCUCCUCCACCACCUCCGCCUGAAUUGAAUCUCGAGAUGGAUCGAUCAUGGGUGGCAAAGGCAUUGAAAUGAUUGGUAGCUGCAUUAUAUUCAACCGUAUAUGGAAUGGACAUAUUUAUUUUCUUCUUCUUUUCCCCCUUAUGGCCUUGGAUUUGCAGUGAAACUUAUGUAUGUGUUGAUGGUUCGUGUAUGGUGCUUGUAACUGACGCUAUGUAUAUAGUCAAAGUGCUUUACUUGCUGUUGGCGUAUAGAAAUGAACACCUUUGUUAUAUUUUGUAGAUACAUACACAUGAUGUGCUUCUUGCUUGGGACCUGUGUCCCUGAAUCUCACUUGAAUUUUCCUUGGGG